AUGGGCUUGCUGCUGAUUUUAGGUGGCCGUUGCUUCACUGGACAUUACAUCAUAACCAUACCCACAAACAAGUUGGAGGAGCUGACCAAAUGGAGCACUGACAGAGUGACCUCUCUGUUCUUUCACCUGAGCGAGAUCUCCAAGUAUGUCAAGGCAUCCAGUGAAGAUGCCACAGGAGUGUCCCAGACUCUACCUGUAGCUUGUCUAGCAGAUCUUCGACAUGCUUCUGCUCUUGCCAUCAAGCAGUUGGUGGUUAGUCUUGAUUCAGUGGAGCUUCAACGAAGAGGCACAAUCGGGGCUGUAUACUUUCUGAAGCCUCGCAAUAAAACCAGAUCGCACAUCUUGAAGAAGCUUCUAGGUGUGAAGCCAAGCAAGAAACAUCCUCGAGUUCCUCUAUUCAAGGUUGUAUUAAUGAAGACAGCACAGGAACUCUAUACCCACAUUGACAUAUCCCAGCUGACAGCAGAUUUCUGUGGAACCAUACGAUAUAAUCACCAAUCAUGGCUGCACCUGUACAAUGUUGUUAUCAAGUGUGUUGAAGCUUGUCGAGACCUGUUGACAAAACUGCCUAGUGUCCGAGACAAGGUUGAUCUCCUGCAAGAAUAUGAGACUGAAGGACUGUCCUCCAGCCAGGUCCAGCAACUCUUGGCUGACCUGAUAGAAAGGUUCCACAUGAUUCUAUCAGAAUCUUCACUACCUCUGUACCUAACACAGUGUAAGCAGACCCUCUUUCUACUAGACCACCCAUCAUCAGACACCCACCUGUCUCUUGUUCAUCCUGAGCUGGUCAGUGGACUAAGGUUACACCUACGUAACACAUAUACAGAGCUUGACCAAUGGAGCACAGAAUUAGAAGAUGCUUGGAGAGUCACCGAAAAUAGGCUCACAGUCCUGAUACAGUUUUACCGUCACAAGGAAAGGGCCCAAGAGAUUGAACGCAAGAUCUGCAAGCUUUUCCAUCCACUCCUGCGAGAGCACCCGAUUGUGGGAAAGACAUUAAGCCAGGCUGAACUCUACCGUGCCCACUUCACUACUACACUGUAUGACCCAGCCAAGGAACUUCUAAGCCAGGCCACAGAAAUCUUGGCAGCCGUCCAGAGACUAAAAACUGAUGACAUCUCGGACAUCAGUCGGUGUCUGACCACCAGCAUUCAACCUUUCGCCACCCAGCUGCAGCAGCUCCAGCAGCUGUAUGUCAGCGUACACAUCUUCCAUCUGCUCUUUGAGAAG